AGAGAGACAAGAACGCUUCCAAAAUUUGGAAUGUGAUGGAACCUCCCCGAAUGCUCCACACUCACUCCAACUCUCUUCUUUUUCUCUUUUAAUUCUUCUUUUCUUCUCCUCACUGCGCAAGCAACGUUAAAGUUCUCAGCUUCUUUAAUCAAUUAAUUCUCUCACUCUUCACUCUUCAUUUCAGCUGCUACUAACUGCUAACCAACACUAUCUUUUUUUUCUACCCAUGGCUUCUACGACGUCGUUUCCGGGUCUCUCUUCACUUUCCCACUCUGUUCCAAUUUCAUGCAGCAGGAACCACCGUGCUCUUCUUUCUAAUCCUCGCUACUCCUCCCUUGCUUUCCCUUCAAAGCCCUUCAACUUCCUGAGAUCGCUUCCCAUCACCAAAAGGAACCAUUUUGCAAAUGGGUUUCGGACAACAACUCAUAGCAAUCCCCAACGUUUCUCUGUUCGCUGUGAAGCUUCAAGUGGAAGGAUUACGCAGCAAGAGUUCACCGAAAUGGCGUGGCAGGCGAUAGUUUCCUCGCCGGAGGUGGCGAAGGAGAACAAGCAUCAGAUUGUGGAGACUGAGCACUUGAUGAAGGCUUUGUUGGAGCAAAAGAAUGGUCUUGCUCGCAGGAUUUUUUCCAAGGCUGGAGUUGAUAACACUCGGCUUCUAGAAGCUACUGACAAGUACAUUCAGAGGCAACCCAAGGUUCUAGGGGAAUCAGCUGGUUCAAUGUUGGGGCGUGAUUUGGAGGCAUUGAUUCAGAGAGCCAGGGACUACAAGAAAGAAUAUGGGGAUUCAUUUGUUUCAGUUGAACACUUCCUUCUUGGUUUUACCCAAGAUCAACGUUUCGGGAAGCAGUUAUUUAGAGAUUUCCAAAUAUCGCAGCAGACGCUAAAAUCUGCAAUAGAGUCUGUUAGGGGACGCCAGUCAGUUAUUGACCAAGAUCCGGAGGGGAAGUAUGAAGCCUUGGAAAAAUAUGGGAAAGAUUUGACAGCAAUGGCUAAAGCGGGAAAACUUGACCCAGUCAUAGGAAGAGAUGACGAAAUACGUCGGUGCAUCCAGAUUCUCUCCAGGAGGACAAAGAACAAUCCUGUGCUAAUUGGUGAGCCUGGUGUAGGAAAGACUGCAAUUUCUGAAGGGCUUGCUCAGAGAAUUGUGCAAGGAGAUGUUCCUCAGGCUUUAAUGAACCGUAGGCUUAUAUCACUUGAUAUGGGUGCACUUAUUGCUGGAGCAAAGUACCGGGGAGAAUUUGAGGACAGGCUAAAAGCUGUCCUUAAAGAAGUAACAGAAUCUGAGGGUCAGACAAUCCUUUUUAUUGAUGAGAUCCACACAGUUGUUGGGGCAGGUGCCACAAAUGGUGCUAUGGAUGCUGGUAAUCUUUUAAAGCCUAUGCUUGGUCGGGGAGAGCUGCGUUGUAUUGGCGCUACAACAUUAGAUGAGUAUCGCAAGUAUAUUGAGAAGGACCCACCAACCUACAGUUGAAGAUACUAUUUCAAUACUGAGGGGGCUGCGGGAAAGGUAUGAGCUUCAUCAUGGGGUCCGAAUUUCGGACAGUGCACUUGUGGAAGCUGCAAUUCUCUCAGAUCGAUAUAUCAGUGGAAGAUUUUUGCCUGACAAAGCUAUUGAUCUGGUUGAUGAAGCCGCUGCCAAACUGAAAAUGGAAAUUACUUCUAAACCUACUGCACUUGACGAGAUCAACCGGUCAGUCUUGAAACUAGAGAUGGAGCGACUCUCUCUAACAAAUGAUACAGAUAAGGCCUCAAGAGACAGGCUAAAUCGUCUCGAGACAGAGCUCUCUCUUUUGAAAGAGAAACAGGCUGAGCUCACUGAACAGUGGGAGCAUGAAAAGUCAGUAAUGACUCGAAUUCAAUCAAUCAAAGAAGAGAUAGACAGGGUGAAUCUUGAGAUCCAACAGGCUGAGAGGGAGUAUGAUCUUAACCGUGCUGCUGAAUUAAAGUAUGGCAGUCUGAACUCCUUGCAACGGCAACUGGAAACUGCAGAGAAGGAGUUGGAUGAAUACAUGAGCUCCGGCCAGUCUAUGCUGAGGGAGGAAGUUACAGGAAAUGAUAUUGCCGAAAUUGUAAGCAAGUGGACAGGUAUACCUGUUUCAAAACUACAACAAUCAGAGAGGGAGAAGUUGUUGUAUUUGGAAGAUGUGCUCCAUAAGCGUGUGGUCGGUCAAGACCCUGCUGUUAGGGCAGUAGCCGAGGCAAUCCAACGGUCAAGAGCAGGUCUUUCGGAUCCUCAUCGUCCAAUUGCUAGUUUCAUGUUUAUGGGACCAACGGGUGUGGGAAAGACAGAACUGGCUAAGGCACUUGCUUCCUACUUGUUCAACACAGAAGAAGCACUUGUAAGAAUCGAUAUGAGUGAGUACAUGGAAAAGCAUGCAGUUUCAAGAUUGAUUGGAGCUCCACCUGGAUAUGUUGGGUAUGAAGAGGGAGGUCAACUUACUGAGACGGUUCGCCGCAGACCUUAUGCUGUUAUUCUGUUUGACGAGAUCGAGAAGGCACAUGCGGAUGUUUUCAAUGUAUUCCUUCAAAUCUUGGAUGAUGGAAGAGUGACCGACUCGCAGGGCCGCACAGUGAGUUUUACUAACACAGUUAUCAUUAUGACCUCGAAUGUUGGAUCCCAAUACAUAAUCAACACUGAUGAUGAGACCGAGUCGAAAGAAUCAACUUAUGAAACCAUAAAGCAGCGCGUACUGGACGCAGCAAGAGCUGUUUUCCGCCCAGAGUUCAUGAACAGAGUUGAUGAGUAUAUUGUUUUCCAGCCUCUAGAUCGUGAACAAAUUAGUAGCAUUGUGAGGUUACAGUUGGAGCGCGUGCAGAAGAGAAUUUCGGACAAGAAGAUGAAAAUCAAGGUGACAGAUGCUGCUAUUGAACUUCUUGGAAGUCUAGGGUAUGAUCCAAACUAUGGUGCAAGGCCAGUAAAGCGAGUGAUUCAGCAGAAUGUAGAGAAUGAACUUGCCAAGGGCAUUCUUAGAGGAGAAUUCAAGGAUGAAGACACAAUCUUAAUAGACACAGAGGUCACAGCAUUUUCCAACGGCCAACUUCCCCAACAAAAGCUUACUUUUAGGAAGAUUGAACCUGAUUCAGCAGAACCUUCCACUCAAGACAGCUUGGAACCUUUUCCACAGACAUCUUGAAAGGCUUUAUAGUUCCUUAUUGCAUCACAUGCUAAGUGUCAUAAAUUUGAGUGUAUAUUGGUUUUGUUAAACCGAUUGAAUAAUGAUCCUGGUAUAGUUUGCAUCAAAUAUAUAGUAACAAAAUUGCUUAGUGACCAAUGAUCAAUACAAAUACAACACUUCAUAAUUCA